AUGGAUAAAUGGGAGAAAUUACUACAGGCCGAGGAAAUGAGCCCAACAAAUAUCCCAUACAAAAAAAUGGAUCCAAACCAAGGAUUUGUGGACUCGGACAAGAAAACCCAAUCAAUCGGAUUUAUCCCACUUUAUCCCUUUUGCCAAACACACCCUCUAUUCUUUCACAUCGUCUCACGCUUCAGUGGCCUCUCCGCCCUCGCCGACUCCCUAAUCUCCGGCGAUCACAUCUCAGUCUUCUCAGAUAUUACUCUAGCGAUCACAUCUCACGCUUAUCAAAUAUCAUUCCCAAGCCCCUCCAAUCCCUCAAUUUCUCUCUCCUCUCUUUGUGCGCCGUCAUCUCCGGCGAACCCACUCCUCCGUCUCGGCCCCAUCAUCACCCCCACCAACAGAGAGAAAGAGAGACAUGGGCACUGGAAAGAAAAAGAUCGAAAUAAAGAAAAAGGAGAAAGAAUCAGACAGAUUGGUGACUUUCUCGAAGAGAUGCCAAGGAGUUUGCUUAACGAGUCCAUCAUUGCUGCGCUUGCUUUUGUUGCCGGAGGCGCCUUUCAAUGCCACAAGCGUGGGGUGAGAAUUGGAUCACUGCAACACAACAAAACGGAAGAAUGCUGGUCUGCGACAGGCUUGUGA